CCUUUCGCGCUACCCCAGAUUCGCUAAAACCCUUUCCCAUGACUUCUCUUCCCAAAUCUUCGCCUCUCAGACGCAGGAGAUGGCUGUGCGAGGGGCGGAGGCUGACGCCAUGGGACUGCUGCUCAAGGACCGGAUUGUGUUCCUAGGGAGCGACAUUGAUGAUUUCGUGGCUGAUUGAAUUAUCAGUCAGUUGAUGCUGCUGGAUGCGAAGGACCCGAAGAAAGACAUCAGGCUCUUCAUUAAUUCUUCAGGUGGUUCUUUGAGUGCUACAUUGGCAAUCUAUGAUGUGGUACAGCUUGUAAGGGCUGAUGUUUCCACAGUGGCACUUGGAAUCGUGGCAUCAACCGCUUCAAUAGUCCUUGGUGGUGGUACCAAAGGCAAGCGUCUUGCUAUGCCCAAUGCAAGGAUAAUGAUGCAUCGACCACGUGGAGGUGCUGGUGGAGAAGCAAUUGAUGUAGAAAUUCUGGCAAGAGAGCUUCAGAAUAACAAGAAAAAUGUCACAAGAUUAAUCUCAGAGUUCACUGGCCGCCCAUUUGAAGAAGUUGAGAAAGAUAUUGACAGAGACCGUUAUAUGUCCCCAAUUGAAGCUGUUGAGUAUGGAAUAAUCGAUGGAGUUAUCGAUAGAGAUAACAUUAUUCCAUUAGCCCCUCUGCCUGAAAAGGUGAAUUCAACACUCGCUGAUCAAUUUCGGGAAAACCCAAGCAAAUUCAUGACACCAGAUAUUCCUGACGAUAAGAUAUACUAAUCCCACCAC